UUAUCGCGAGAUUCCAAGUGCUGUGUUUUGGCUUGACUAUUUUUUUUAUAAUGCAGUCCAGGUGGUAAUGAUAAGUAGCUAAAUACUAGGAUUUCUUUGUGUAUUAUCAAGCUUAACACAUAACUAAAACAUCGGAUCAUUAUUUUUAAUUGAUAGAAGAUUAGAUGUUACCAUGGAUACCGAGGGUCACAAACACAGCCGAGUUGUGUUCAGCAAGCGACUGUCUUGAUUAUUUCGAAACAAAUUUCAUCAUAUAGGAUUAAAAAAAAAGAAAAAGAGAGAGAACAUGUACAAAAUACAAUUCCCUGUUGACCAAUCGAUUGAGACCGCUGUGGAGCGUAGACAGGCUGCCGAGGCUGCACGCAAGGCUCGAAUUUUCAAUACAAGGCAGCGUGUCAUGGGCCUUGACCUGGAUGCACUGCACAAACAGACCCUGGAGAAAAAACACAGCAAAGAAAUGGAGCAAGAAAGGGACAAAGAUUUUGACAAGCUGAGACUGAAGCAUGAUCAAGUGCUGUUACAGAGAGACACGGAGGAAAGGAAAGUACGCGAAGCUUUACACACUGGCCUGACUCAGUAUUGGGACAUCCAGCAGCGUGUGGAAGACUCGCGUGAUGCCGAUCUCAAGUGUGGCUUGAGGGGGGUAUUCGGGAUCACUAUUCCUGAGGCUGAACUCGGGCCUUCCAGCAUGCAGAUCUUUCAGGGCGAAGAUAUUGGAGCGGCACAACGCAAGAGAGAGCAAAUGAAAAAAACAGCAAGAGAUCUUCUGGCACAAAGGGUCCAGCAGGAGAGAAGCUGUUUUGAGGACAAGCACCGAAAGAUGCUGGCUGAGAAAGAACUGUUGCAACAGGACCACAGCUGGAGACAGCUACACAGUGCUGAGGAAAAAGGCAGAAAAGCUGCCCGGAUUGCUCUUGAUCACUACAAUCAAGCUCUGGCUACCGAGCAGGCUGAGCGACUGCAGGAGUCACGUCGGAGAGAGGAGAGGGAGAAUCUUGCUGAAAAGUGGCACACAUUGACAUCCUCCAUGAUGACAGAGGGUUGGGAAGCUGCCGUGAGCCAGCUGCAGAAAGGGAAGCCUGCUGCGACCAACAUGUGGAAGGGCAUGAGCCCCGAGCAGCUGAGCGCCAUCUACAGGGAAAGGGGGGCACAAUGCAUGGAGAGACAGAGAUGGCGUGAUACUGAGAAGAACCGGGAGGCAGCGUGGAAUUCUCAACUCUUAAAGGUAUCCAGUGACGCCUGGCAAGAGGAAAAGAGAACGGCAGAACUCAGGAGAGCAAAGCGGAUCCAGGCAGACCAGUUCAACAAGCAGCUGUCCAAAGAGCAACAAGCACAUCAACAGCAUUUGGACAAGGAGCUGUACGCCAACAAACCAACCCAGGAAUACUUCUGCCAAUUUAACACCACCUCUCGCUGAUGCUGACGUGUGACAUUGUAAUACGCAUUGAAAAGUACAUAUAAUGCCAUUCUGUUUUGUUAUGUUUUGAAAAUUAAGUGGAGUUCUGGCGGUGCGAGGUCGGACGGUUGAUUUUUGUUUCAAUGCAAAUCCAGUAGCUCUGAAGUUGGUAACCCAUAAAAAUAUUGUGUUUCGAGCUGGUACGGGAUCAUGUCUACCAAGAUUGAAGAGCAAGUGAAUCUGUAACUGCAACACAACGAACGUUCCGUGUGUUUUGACAAAUGUUUCCACAAUGAAAGUGCAAUGAUGCUGCCAUGAAUUGGACUGGUGAGCACCAGUCCAAUUCAUGGCAACGACUGAAAAAGAAAUGAAAAACAAUGGCAUUAUUUUAAAAAAAAAAAAAAAAAGCAAAAUGGCAUUACUGAAUAUGAAAAUGGUAUUAGAUGUAAUUUUCGAAAAUAAAUACACUUUUUGGUUUCUUUACUUGAUUUGUCUUUUAUUUAACCUAAAAAUGUGUGAGAUCAUUUUGCCUGACCCUGUAUUUAUAUGUACCGUAUUUUCACGACUAUAAGGCGGCAUUAAAAGUCUAACAUUUUCUCCAAAAUGGACAGGACGCCUUAUAAUGCGGAGUGUCUUUUGUAUGAGCUGAGUUCCAAAACCUGGCUGAGACAUGCUGU